ACCCGCCAUUUCUCCACCGCGUCUCCUGAAACUCGUGGAACAAUUUGGAGGGCAAAUCCGUCAAUUACCUUUUUCAACGAAAUUUCUUGGGCUAUGCAAUGAAUGCAAAAAAAUUCAGAUAAACAUUCAGCACUGUUUUUUUUGGCCGAUCAAUUUAUCAUAUCUCUCUCUCUCUUCUUCUCUCUCUAGGGUUCGAGGACCCUUCCCGUCAAUGGAGAACAACGGCCAAGCAGCUGCUAGUGGUCCUCCUCCAAAGCCAUGGGAAAGAGCAGGGUCUUCUUCUGGACCUGCACCGUUUAGGCCACCCUCUGCUGGAAAUACGAGCGAAGUCGUAGAAGCUUCUGGGACGGCUCAACCUGGUGAAGUUGUUUCGACUACCAAUACAAAUGUUAAUAGAAAUACAGUUAAUUCAGUUGGCCGACCCGUCCCUGCCAGGCCUUGGGAGCAACAACAGACAUAUGGGAGCACUUAUGGAGGUUAUGGUACAGGUGUAAACUAUAAUUCUGGAUAUGGAAGUGGGAUGUACGGUUCUUCAUAUGGGGGACUUGGAGGGGGUGUUGGUGGUGGCAUGUAUGGGAAUAGCAUGUAUAGAGGGGGUUACAGCGGACUUUAUGGGGGUAGUAGCAUGUAUGGCGGAGGAAUGUAUGGUGGUGGUCUGGGUGGUGGUUUAGGGGGUUUGGGAGGUGGUUUGGGAGGUCCCAUGGGGGGCUAUGGAAUGGGCAUGGGAGGGCCUUAUGGUGAACAGGAUCCUAACAAUCCUUAUGGACCACCUUCUCAGCCACCUGGUUUUUGGAUUUCGCUAAUGCGAGUGAUGCAAGGAGUGGUUAAUUUCUUUGGGAGGGUGGCAAUCUUGAUCGACCAGAAUACUCAGGCUUUCCAUAUGUUCAUGUCUGCCCUUCUUCAGCUAUUUGAUAGGUCUGGAAUGCUGUAUGGAGAGCUUGCUAGAUUUGUUCUUAGAAUAUUGGGAGUUCGAACAAAACCCAAGGGAGUUCAUCCACCUGGCGCUGAAGGUCUACCCGGGCCUCAGAAUAUGCCAGGAAAUCAGAACUACGUCGGGGGCCCCAAGGCUGCUCCAAGUGGUGGUUGGGAUAGUGUAUGGGGUGAUGCUAGGUAAUGCACCUAUAUAUAUGAGUUUCUUCGUUGUAGUCGAGCAUUCAAGACGAGUAUUGGUUCUAAAUCUGCACUGAAGAUUGAAUGCAGAAGAAAGAGGACCAGCAAAAUUGCCAUCUCCUUGUAAUAAA